UCCCUUUGCAUUGUGGGAUGAAUGCUCUGCCUGCAAUCAUGGCGUCCCGCGUCCUAGCACAGUGUGUCCGAUCAUUCACCCAGCCCUCAGCAAGAAUACUCAUCGAAAAUAUUACUGCCAGAGCCGUGGCAGUACCGCUCGCCAACCAGCGGCACUUCUCCUUUAACACUUGCAGCCAGAGGAAAGCUUUAACGGCCCAUGCAAAGGUUUCCAGCCCAUUAGCACAGUUGUGUCGGCAGUAUGGAGAUUUGCCACCACUCACGCUGGAUACCAUCAGAGAACGUGUCCUGUAUGUCCUGAAACUGUACGACAAGAUCAACCCAGAAAAACUGACAGGAGCUUCUCACUUCAUAAAAGACUUGGGGUUGGACAGUUUGGACCAGGUUGAGAUCAUCAUGGCAAUGGAGGAUGAGUUUGGGUUUGAAAUUCCAGAUGCAGAAGCAGAAAAACUGAUGACUCCUCAGGAGAUUGUACAGUUUAUUGCAGACAAGAAGGAUGUGUAUGAAUAAAAAAAAAAAAGCCUCUUCCAAUAGAUGAGGGAUCUAGGAAUGAGCCAGAUGGACCUGACAGUAGCACCCCUGCCACCCUUAGAGGUUUUGAAUCAAAGUCUCGGAUGUUUUGAGAACUGUGUUAAUGUCCAAGGCUUUCGAUUGUCAUCUGCUCAAUUUUCUAUAAGCAUUGUAUUUAAAAACUGUAUCACUCGUUGGAGU